UACUGUGUGCUCAGUGUGUCUAUUCACACUCCUUCACAUUAGUUAAAGAAGUACAAGGCAGAUCGUACACCAGGAUGGACUUUGAUCCUUAAUCAGAGCAUCAGGAGUUGAUCUGAGAAGUGAGCUUUAAAGCCCCCGCCCCAGUUUUGUUAUACAAUAGCCCAAAUCAGGAGAGAGAGGGAUCCUAGACGCCUCUGCUGGUGGACACACAACACCCUCUGGAAGAGACUCACGCAGUUUGGAGGGAGGAUCUGCACAGCCAGCUCUGGAUACACUGCUUGCAGGGAAAGGGAUCUGACCCAGGACAACACACCAAAGGAAAAGAUCACAGCACUUCUCCCUGGACCUUGGAUUUACAAAGCACUGAGCCCACAUUAAGGAAGGGCUGCUGGGAAAUACAAUCCUAGAUAUUAGAGCUGCUGUUUAAUUAAAGAAGAUCCUGUGCCAAGAUGCCAAUCCUCAAGCAGUCAAGCUCACACACAAAGAAGCGAACCCGCAUUGAUCGAGAGAUGAUUAGCGCUCCUCUGGGAGACUUUAGACACACAAUGCAUGUCGGGAGAGGGGGAGAUGUGUUUGGAGACACCUCCUUUCUUAGCAACCAUGGCCCUUCCUCUGCCCCAGCUGUGGAAGCCCAGGCACCCAGCAAGAAUGGUCUCACAAAAACCAUUUCUAAGGAACACGAAGAAACCAAAAUGGCUGACUCUCUUAGUCAACUUUCACAGUCAUCUGGAAUAGGCUCUGGUGCGGGAAGUGUCUCUUCUAGUCCUGUUAAUAAUGUGCCAUCCAAAGAUGAUAGCAUGUGGAAUAAUAGCAACAGUGGUAGACAGCCUGAUCAGUUUGAUUGGCUCUCACCUGACAGUGACUGUGGGCUGAAGCAUGCCGAGUCAAUGCUGUCCUUCCAUCUUGACCUUGGUCCUUCCAUCAUGGAUGAAGUAUUGGGAGUUAUGGACAGAGAUGACCCCACCUCUGACUGGAAUAGCCCAGAUGACCAAUGCAAUUUUGGCUACAAGUUCUCCCCUGUCCAUGCUCCAGAUAACGAAAAACACAUAUCUUCUGCUGUGGAACCACAAGAAAUCCAUUGUAGUCAGUCCAGUACUCUUCCUGCUGUAAAUUCUGGUAUGGACUAUAAUACCAGCACCAUGUCUGAAAAACUGCAGGAAAACAGUUCGGCGUAUGAAGAGGACAGCGAAGAAGAAAAACGGUCUAUUUAUGAAGGUAUGGCAGAUAGUCCACAGCAGCAUGAACACAGUUUACGUAGAAAUCACCAUGUUGAGGUGGAAGAAGAGGAUGAAGAUGACGAUGAUGAAGAAGCGGGACAGGGAUACACAUUCGACGAGGACAUUGAUGAUGAAAUUGGAGUAUAGGAAUGAAAGAAGCCUUAUAAAACCUUUUUAUUUUUUGCUUUCUUGACUGUAAGACUACAGUGACCGCAUCAAGGUCAACAAUUGCAAUGGGAUCAAACUUUUUUAAGGAAAAUAAAGUAGAUACCAUUUUUUUCCUUUUACUUUGUUAAACAAGGGACAUGUAAGUACAGAAGCAACAGACUUUAUAUGGACUCCUCCUUCCCUUGAUAUUUUUGGCCCUAGUGUGGAUUUUAUUUUUGAGAGACAUCGACUCACUUAACUCACUUUUGUAAACUUAUUCUAGUUAAUGGUUUUGCCUUCUUUCCCAUCUCCCAGUGUUUGUUAUAAUAAAAAUGUAAUUUAUAGUAAUGUAAGAAGGCCACUGUUUAGGUAUGGUAUUUUUUUUUUUUUGCAUUUUGGAUUAUUCUAAAAGACUAUAAGGAACGUGAGAAAGGGAAACUAUUAUUUUUGUCAAAUUAUUAUUUUAUGAAGUCCCUGUGCAGUUUUAUUGUUGUAUUAAAGUGCUAUAUUGUACUACAAUUAUUACACAUACCCUAAUUUUUGUCAUAUGCGUUCCUGUAGGGGAGAGUCUCUCCUUCUGGCUUCAGCCUCUCAGCUAAGCAACAUUUAGCAUUCCAUAUGCUAUGAAUCGAAUCUCCCAUAAUGCUCUACCACCUUCUGUCGGGCAGAGCAUCGUGGUACAUACCAUAUAGUGCACAGGAUCUUGAGUGGCUGGCGUACACUGCCAAAUUUGGUUUAACAUAGAAUUUCUAUUUUACAGUAGCAGUUUUGUGACUGAUGGAUUUAUUUCAGAUUAGGUUAGAUAUGGUCAAGUUCUGAGAAUUGUAAAGGAAAAGCAUUAAAAUUCACAAUGGUUGCACAUAUUUACACUACAAUAUUUAUUUUCAAAAGCAAGUGGAAUUUUAGAAAGCAAAAAUAAUAGUUUCAUAUUAUAUGGGUGAUGGCAAAAAAAGUGACAAAUAUUUUUUGGAAGAAAAUUAGGAGAUUUUACCACAGGCUGUUGCACCUGAUAUCUGUAAUAAUUUUCAUAGAAAUUUCUUUUUAUAGACUAUUAUUGAAACGGAGAAUAUAUUUCCUUUUUUUUUUUUUUUUUUUGUAUAUAGUUUAUUUGUGAAUAUGAUGUCAUUUUUAAAUACACAAGUGGGGUACACAGACUCAUGCCAAAGUAAUAGGAAGAUAUUUGAAAAUUGGUUUUGUUUUACCUCUGGAUAAAUAUUGCUUAUUGAAGAAUGCUUGUAAAAUAAUGCUCCCAUUUAAAUAUAGACAUAAAGUGUGAAAAAAGUCAGUGUUUGUGUUACUUUUAAGAAGUAAUCCACUUUACAGAACGUUUCAUUGUGCUAUGUAUGGCUGCUAACAUCUCCAUGAAAAUAUGAGCAAAAAGUAUCAUGUUUCCUGUGGAGAAGUUUGGUACAAAUUAUCAUUAUUAAAUAUGAACGAUUUUCAAAGAAA